AUGGCCGAGGGCGGGGAAGGGGAGGAUGAUGUGCAGUUUCUGCGCACCGAGGAUGAAGUCGUCCUGCAGUGCUCCGCCACCAUCCUCAAGGAGCAACUCAAGCUGUGCCUGGCGGCCGAGGGCUUCGGCAACCGCCUCUGCUUCCUGGAGUCGACCUCCAACGCCCAGAAUGUCCCCCCGGACCUGGCUAUCUGCUGCUUCAUCCUGGAGCAGUCGCUCUCCGUCCGCGCCCUGCAGGAGAUGCUGGCGAACACCAUGGAGGUGGGCAGCGAGUCUUCACAGGGCGGUGGGCACAGGACCCUGCUCUACGGCCACGCCAUCCUGCUCCGCCAUUCUCACAGUGCCAUGUACCUGAGCUGCCUGACCACGUCCCGCUCCCUGACGGACAAACUGGCCUUCGAUGUGGGGCUGCAGGAGGACGCCUCAGGGGAAGCCUGCUGGUGGAUCAUCCACCCCGCCUCCAAGCAGCGGUCGGAGGGCGAAAAGGUUCGAGUCGGGGACGACCUCAUCUUGGUCAGCGUCUCCUCUGAGCGCUACCUGCACCUCUCCACGGCCAGCGGGGACCUGCAGGCCGACGCCUCCUUCAUGCAGACGCUCUGGAACAUGAACCCCAUCUGCUCAGGCUGCGAGGAAGGGUACGUGACGGGGGGUCACGUCAUGCGUCUCUUCCACGGGCACAUGGACGAAUGCCUCACCAUCUCCUCCAGCGAGCAGGGCGAGGAGGAGCGCAGGGUGGUGAACUACGAGGGCGGCGCCGUUUGCACCCACGCCCGCUCCCUCUGGAGGCUGGAGCCCUUGCGCAUCAGCUGGAGCGGGAGCUACAUGCGAUGGGGGCAGCGGUUCCGGGUGCGGCACGUCACCACCGGGCGCUACCUGGGCCUGACCGAGGAGAAGGGGCUGGUCGUGAUGGACGCCGAGAAAGCCAACACCAAGGCCACGGCCUUCUGCUUCCGCGCCUCCAAGGAGAAGCUGGACGUGGCGCCCAAGCGGGACGUGGAGGGCAUGGGGGCCGCCGAGAUCAAGUACGGCGAGACCAUGUGCUUCGUGCAGCACGCGGCCAGCGGCCUGUGGCUGACGUACGCCGCGCCCGACGCCAAGGCUCUGCGCCUGGGCCUGCUCAAGAGGAAGGCCAUCCUGCACCAGGAGGGGCACAUGGACGACGCCCUGUCCCUGACCCGCUGCCAGCACGAGGAAUCGCAGGCCGCCCGCAUCAUCUACAGCACCAGCGGCCUCUACAGCCACUUCGUCCGGGGCCUGGACAGCCUGAGCGGGAAGGGCAAGGCGGGCGCCGGGGCCGCGCUGCCCAUCGACGGGAUGAUCCUGAGCCUGCGGGACCUGAUCAUCUACUUCCAGCAUCCGGAGGAGGAGCUGCGGCACGAGGAGAAGCAGGGCCGGCUGCGCUCGCUCAAGAGCCGCCAGAACCUCUUCCAGGAGGAGGGCAUGAUCACGCUGGUGCUGGACUGCAUCGACCGCCUCAACCUGUACAGCACGGCCGCCCACUUCGCCGAGUUCGCGGGCGAGGAGGCGGCCGAGUCCUGGAAGGAGAUCGUCAACCUGCUGUACGAGCUGCUGGCCUCGCUGAUCCGGGGCAACCGCUCCAACUGCGCCCUCUUCUCCAACAACCUGGACUGGCUGGUCAGCAAGCUCGACCGGCUGGAGGCCUCCUCCGGGAUCCUGGAGGUGCUGUACUGCGUCCUCAUCGAGAGCCCCGAGGUGCUGAACAUCAUCGAGGAGAACCACAUCAAAUCCAUCAUCUCCCUGCUGGACAAGCACGGCCGCAACCACAAGGUCCUCGACGUGCUCUGCUCUCUGUGCGUCUGCAACGGGGUGGCCGUGCGCUCCAACCAGAACCUCAUCACCGAGAAUCUGCUCCCGCGCCGCGACCUGCUCCUGCAGACCAGCCUCAUUAACUACGUCACCAGCAUGCGUCCGAACAUCUUCCUGGGCACGCACGAGGGCUCGACGCAGUACAAGAAGUGGUACUACGAGCUGAUUGUGGAUUACGUGGAGCCCUUCGUCACGGCGCAGGCCACCCACCUGCGCGUGGGCUGGGCCAUGACCGAGGGCUACAGCCCCUACCCCGGGGGCGGGGAGGGCUGGGGCGGCAACGGCGUGGGGGACGACCUGUACUCCUUUGGCUUUGACGGCCUGCACCUCUGGUCAGGUCGCGUGGCCCGCGCCGUGGCCUCGCCCGGCCAGCACACGCUGGCGGCCGACGACGUGGUGAGCUGCUGCCUGGACCUGAGCGUGCCCAGCAUGUCCUUCCGCAUCAACGGCUUCCCCGUGCAGGGCAUGUUCGAGAACUUCAACGUGGACGGGCUCUUCUUCCCCGUGGUCAGCUUCUCCGCGGGCAUCAAGGUCCGCUUCCUCCUGGGGGGCCGCCACGGCGACUUCAAGUUCCUGCCCCCCCCGGGCUACACGCCCGGCUUCGAGGCCCUGCUGCCCCGCGAGCGGAUGCGGGUGGAGCCCAUCAAGGAGUACAGGCAGGAUGCGGGCAACGUCCGCAGUCUGCUGGGGCCCACCCAGGCCCUGUCCCACACGGCCUUCACCCCCUGCCCCGUCGACACCCAGCAGAUCGUCCUCCCCCCACACCUGGAGAGGAUCCGUGAGAAGCUGGCGGAGAACAUCCACGAGCUGUGGGCGCUGACCCGGAUCGAGCAGGGCUGGACCUACGGGCCCAUCCGGGACGACAACAAGCGGCUUCACCCCUGCCUGCUGGAUUUCCACAGCCUGCCCGAGCCGGAGAGGAACUACAACCUGCAGAUGUCGGGGGAGACCUUGAAGACGCUGCUGGCGCUGGGCUGUCACGUGGGCAUGGCCGACGAGAAGGCCGAGGAGAACCUCAAGAAGACCAAGCUGCCCAAAACGUACAUGAUGUCCAAUGGCUACAAGCCGGCCCCGCUGGACCUGGCCCACGUCAAGCUGACCCCGGCCCAGAACACGCUGGUGGACAAGCUGGCCGAGAAUGGCCACAACGUGUGGGCCCGGGACCGCGUCAGCCAGGGCUGGACCUACAGCAUCGUGCAGGACAUCAAGAACAAGCGGAACCCGCGCCUGGUGCCCUACAACCUGCUGGACGAACGGACCAAGAAGACGAAUCGCAACAGCCUGUGCGAGGCCGUGCGAACGCUGAUCGGCUACGGCUACAACAUCGAACCCCCCGACCAGGAGACCUCGGCCCAGGGGGUGCCCACGGCGCGCUCGGAGCGGGUACGGGUUUUCCGGGCGGAGCAGUGCUACGCCGUGCGGGCCGGGAGGUGGUACUUCGAGUUCGAGGCGGUGACCACGGGCGAGAUGCGCGUGGGCUGGGCCCGGCCGGACGUGCGCCCCGACGUGGAGCUGGGGGCCGACGAGCUCGCCUACGUUUUCAACGGCCACCGGGGCCAGCGCUGGCACGUCGGCAGUGAGCCCUUCGGCCGCUCCUGGCAGCCGGGCGACGUGGUCGGCUGCAUGAUCGACCUGACCGAGAACCACAUCAUGUUCACGCUUAACGGGGAGAUGCUGAUCAGCGACUCGGGCUCCGAGCUGGCCUUCAAGGACAUCGAAAUCGGAGAAGGCUUCCUCCCGGUGUGUAGCCUGGGCCUGGGCCAGGUGGGACGGCUGAACCUAGGCCAGGAGGUCAGCAGCCUGCGGUACUUCCCCAUCUGCGGGCUGCAGGAGGGCUUCGAGCCCUUCGCCAUCAACAUGAAACGCGACAUCAGCAUGUGGUUCAGCAAGAGCCUGCCGCAGUUCUCCCCCAUCCCCCCCGAGCACCCCCACUACGAGGUGUCGCGCAUCGACGGCACGGUGGACAACCCGCCCUGCCUGAAGCUGACGCACCGGACCUUCGGCUCGCAGAACGCGGUGAGCGAGCUGCUCUUCCUUCGGCUCAGCAUGCCCGUGGAGUUCCACGAGAAGUUCAAGUGCACGGCGGGGGCCACGCCCCUCACCCGCGCCCUCACCAUCCCUGAGGAGGACGUCAAGGACGUGGACCUCGACUCCGAGUUCGAGGUGCUCCGGAAGUCGGCCGGGCGUAAGGAGGCCGAGGAGGCUGAGAAGGAGAAGCAGGGGGGGCCCCUGGCCUCCCCCAAGGAGCCCCCCAGGGUGGAGAACGAGAAGGACGCGGCAUCGGAGAAGAGCAAGAUCAAGAGGGGCUUCCUGUUCAAGGCGAAGAAGGCCACGUUCAUCACCCCGCCCCCGGCGGUGCCCUCUGUGCAGCGCCUGGAGGAAGACGUGGUGCCCGACAACCGCGACGACCCCGAGAUCAUCAUGAACACCACCACGUACUACCAUUCGGUGCGGAUCUUCGCGGGCCAGGAGCCCACCUGCGUCUGGGUGGGCUGGGUCACCCCCGACUACCAUCAGCACGACAUGACCUUCGACCUGAGCAAGGUGCGCACCGUCACCGUCACCAUGGGCGACGACCAGGGCCACAUCCACGACAGCAUCAAGCGCAGCAAUUGCUACCUGGUGUGGGGCGGGGAGUUCGUGAGCAGCGGGCAGCAGACCCGGGUCAGCACCGUAGACCUGGUGCUCGGCUGCCUGGUCGACCUGGCCACGGGGCUCAUGACCUUCACGGCCAACGGCAAGGAGAUCAACGCCUUCUACCAGGUGGAGCCGAACACCAAACUCUUCCCGGCCGUCUUCGUCCUUCCCACGAGCCAGAAUGUCAUCCAGUUCGAGCUGGGCAAGAUGAAGAACAUCAUGCCCCUCUCAGCCGCCAUGUUCCACAGCGAGCGGAAGAACCCCGAGCCACAGUGCCCGCCACGCCUCGUCAUCCAGAUGCUGACGCCGGUGACCUGGAGCCGCGUGCCGAACGAGUUCCUGGCCGUGGAGACAGCCCGCAUCAGCGACCGGCACGGCUGGAUGGUGGAGUGCGGUGACCCCCUGGUCAUGAUGGCCUUGCACAUCCCCGAGGAGAGCCGGUGCAUCGACGUCCUGGAGCUGUCGGAGCAGCAGGCCCUGCUGACGUUCCAGCACCACUCACUGCAGCUGUACUGCGCCGUGUGCGCCCUGGGCAACAACCGGGUGGCGCACGCCCUGUGCAGCCACGUGGACGAGUCCCAGCUGCUGUACGCCAUCGAGAGCCCCCACCUGCCCGGCCCGCUCCGCAGCGGCUACUACGACCUGCUCAUGAGCAUGCACCUGGAGUCGGCCAAGCGGGCCCGGCUCACCAUGAACAGCGAGUUCAUCGUGCCCAUGACGGACGCCACCAAGAGCAUCCGGCUCUUCCCCGAGAGCAGCCGGCAGCCCGGCCUGCCCGGUGUGGGCACCAGCACCUGCCUGCGUCCGCCCCUGCACUUCGCCCCGCCCUGCUUCGUCAGCACCAGCCCCGAGCGCUACCAACUGAGCCCCGAGCUGCCGCUGGAGGCGCUGAAGCUGAAGGCGCUGGCCAUGCUGACGGAGGCGGUGCAGGACGGCGGGCAGCACAGCCGGGACCCAGUGGGCGGCAGCGUCCAGUUCCACUUCGUGCCCGUCCUCAAGCUGGUCUCCACCCUGCUGGUCAUGGGCGUCUUCGGGGAUGAGGACGUGCGGCACAUCCUGCGCAUGAUCGAGCCGGCCGUCUUCGGGGAGCCCGCCGAGGAGGAGCAGGGCGAGGCGGAGAAGCCGGAGGAGGAGGAGGGGGAGAAGGCCGGGGUGAAGGCUGGCGAGGAGGAGGCCGAGGAGCUGGAGGAGGGGCUGCUGCAGAUGAAGCUGCCCGAGUCGGUCAAGCUGCAGAUGUGCAACCUGCUGCAGUACUUCUGUGACCGGGAGCUGCAGCACCGGGUGGAGGCGAUCAUCGCCUUCUCGGAGCGCUACAUGGACCGGCUGCAGAGCAACCAGCGCCAGCGCUAUGGACUCCUCAUGCAGGCGUUCACCAUGUCGGCCGCCGAGACCGCCCGGCGCACCCGCGAGUUCCGCUCACCCCCGCAGGAGCAGAUCAACAUGCUGCUGCACUUCAAGCAAGGGGCGGACGAGGAGGAGUGCCCGGUGCCCGAGGACAUCCGCGACGAGCUGCUGGAUUUCCACACCGACCUGCUGAGCCACUGCGGCAUCGAGGCCGAGGGGGGGGAGGAGGAGGAGGAGGAGGACACGUCCCUGCGACACCGGCUCAGGACCCUGGUGCAGAAGGUGCUGAGCUUCCGGAAGAAGAAGAAGGAGCAGGAGGAGGAGCUGCCCCCCGAGGAGGAGCCGGCGCCCAGCACGCUGCAGGAGCUGAUCUCCCACACCAUGGUGCACUGGGCACAGGAGUCCUUCAUCCAGAGCCCGGCGCUGGUGCGUGUCAUGUUCAGCCUGCUGCACCGGCAGUACGACGCCAUCGGGGAGCUGCUCCGCGCCCUGCCCCGGGCCUACACCAUCAACGCCGUCUCAGUGGGCGACGCCAUGAGCCUGCUCGAGAGCCUGGGCCAGAUCCGCUCCCUGCUCAUCGUGCAGAUGGGCCCGGAGGAGGAGACCCUCAUGAUCCAGAGCAUCGGAAACAUCAUGAACAACAAAGUCUUCUACCAGCAUCCCAACCUGAUGCGAGCGCUGGGUAUGCACGAGACGGUCAUGGAGGUGAUGGUCAACGUGCUGGGAGGGGGCGAGUCCAAGGAGAUUCGCUUCCCUAAGAUGGUCACCAACUGCUGCCGCUUCCUCUGCUACUUCUGCCGUAUCAGCCGCCAGAACCAGCGCUCCAUGUUCGACCACCUCAGCUACCUGCUGGAGAACAGCGGCAUCGGGCUGGGUAUGCGGGGAUCCACUCCCCUGGAUGUGGCUGCUGCCUCCGUCAUCGACAACAACGAGCUGGCGCUGGCGCUGCAGGAGCAGGACCUGGAGAAGGUGGUGAUGUACCUGGCGAGUUGCGGCCUGCAGAGCUGCCCCAUGCUGCUGGCCAAGGGCUACCCCGACAUCGGCUGGAACCCCUGUGGGGGAGAGCGCUACCUGGACUUCCUGCGCUUCGCCGUCUUCGUCAACGGCGAGAGCGUGGAGGAGAACGCCAAUGUGGUGGUGCGGCUGCUGAUCCGCCGGCCCGAAUGCUUCGGGCCCGCCCUGCGCGGCGAGGGCGGCAGCGGGCUGCUGGCCGCCAUCGAAGAGGCCAUCAAGAUCUCGGAGGACCCGGCCCGGGACGGGCCCACCGUGAAGAAGGACCGUCGGCGGGAGCUGUUCGGGGGGGAGGAUACGCACGAGGAGAACCGGGUGCACCUGGGCAACGCCAUCAUGUCCUUCUACGCGGCGCUGAUCGACCUGCUGGGGCGCUGCGCCCCCGAGAUGCAUCUGAUUCAGGCCGGGAAGGGCGAGGCGCUGCGGAUCCGGGCCAUCCUGCGCUCCCUGGUGCCCCUGGACGACCUCGUCGGCAUCAUCAGCCUCCCGCUGCAGAUCCCUGCCUUUGGCAAGGACGGGAACGUGGUGGAGCCCCGGAUGUCGGCCAGCUUCGUGCCGGAUCACAAGGCGCCCAUGGUGCUGUUCCUGGACCGCGUCUACGGCAUCGAGAGCCAGGACUUCCUGCUGCACGUGCUGGAGGUCGGCUUCCUGCCCGACAUGCGGGCCGCCGCCUCGCUCGACACCGCCGCCUUCAGCACGACGGAGAUGGCGCUGGCCCUGAACCGGUACCUGUGCUGCGCCGUGCUGCCCCUCGUCACCAAGUGCGCGCCCCUCUUCGCGGGCACCGAGCACCGCGCCAUCAUGGUGGACUCCAUGCUGCACACCAUCUACCGUCUGUCCCGCGGGCGCUCCCUCACCAAGGCCCAGCGCGACGUCAUCGAGGAGUGUCUCAUGGCCCUGUGCCGGUACAUCCGGCCCUCCAUGCUACAGCACCUGCUGCGCCGGCUGGUCUUUGAUGUGCCCAUCCUCAACGAGUUUGCCAAGAUGCCCCUGAAGCUCCUGAACAACCACUACGAGCGGUGCUGGAAGUAUUACUGCCUGCCCACCGGCUGGGCCAGCUACGGCGUGAGCUCCGAGGAGGAGCUGCACCUCACCCGCAAGCUCUUCUGGGGCAUCUUCGACUCCCUGGCCCACAAGAAGUUCAAGGCGGAGCUGUACAAGCUGGCCAUGCCCUGCCUGUGCGCCAUCGCCGGCGCCCUGCCCCCCGACUACGUGGACGCCAGCUACUCCUCCAAGAUGGAGAAGAAGGCCUCCGUGGACGCCGAGGGCAACUUCGACCCCAAGCCCGUCGAGACCCUCAACGUCAUCAUCCCCGAGAAGCUGGACACGUUUAUCAACAAAUACGCCGAGCACACGCACGAGAAGUGGGCCUUUGACAAGAUCCAGAACAACUGGACCUUCGGGGAGACGAUCGAUGAGGAGGCCAAGACCCACCCCAUGCUGCGUCCCUACAAGACCUUCUCUGAAAAGGACAAGGAGAUCUACCGCUGGCCCAUCAAGGAGUCACUCAAAGCCAUGAUCGCCUGGGAGUGGACGGUGGAGAAGCCCCACGAGGGCGAGGAGGAGAAGACAGAGAAGAAGAAGACGCGGAAGAUCUCGCAGUCAGCCCAGGCGACCUACGACCCCAGCCACGGCUACAACCCCCAGCCCAUCGACCUGUUGGGGGUGACGCUCUCCCGGGAGCUGCAGGCCAUGGCGGAGCAGCUGGCUGAGAACUAUCACAACACCUGGGGGCGUAAGAAGAAGCAGGAGCUGGAGGCCAAAGGGGGCGGCUCCCACCCGCUGCUGGUGCCCUACGACACACUGACGGCCAAGGAGAAGGCCCGGGACCGCGAGAAGGCCCAAGAGCUGCUCAAAUUCCUACAGAUGAAUGGCUACGCCGUGACCAGGGGGCUGAAGGACAUGGAGCUCGACUCCUCUUCCAUCGAGAAGCGAUUUGCCUACGGCUUCCUGCAGCAGCUGCUCAAGUGGAUGGACAUCUCGCAAGAGUUCAUCGCCCACCUGGAGGCCGUGGUGAGCAGCGGGCGGGUGGAGAAAUCGCCCCACGAGCAGGAGAUCAAGUUCUUUGCCAAGAUCCUGCUGCCUCUCAUCAACCAGUACUUCCACAACCACUGCCUCUACUUCCUGUCCACACCCGCCAAGGUGCUGGGCAGUGGGGGCCAUGCCUCCAACAAGGAGAAGGAGAUGAUCACCAGCCUUUUCUGCAAGCUUGCAGCCCUGGUCAGGCACCGGGUCUCUCUGUUCGGCACGGACGCUACCGCCGUGGUGAAUUGCCUGCACAUCCUGGCUCGCUCCUUGGAUGCCAGGACGGUGAUGAAGUCAGGGCCAGAGAUCGUCAAGGCCGGGCUGCGCUCGUUCUUCGAGAGCGCCUCGGAGGACAUCGAGAAGAUGGUGGAGAACCUCAAGCUGGGCAAGGUGUCGCAGUCCCGCACCCAGGUGAAGGGGGUGGCGCAGAACAUCAACUACACCACGGUGGUGCUGCUGCCCGUGCUCACCUCCCUCUUCGAACACAUCGCCCAGCACCAGUUCGGGGACGACGUCAUCCUGGACGACGUCCAAGUCUCCUGCUACCGGACCCUGUGUAGCAUCUACUCCCUGGGCACCACCAGGAACCCCUACGUGGAGCGGCAGCGCCCCGCCCUGGGCGAGUGCCUGGCCCGGCUGGCAGCCGCGAUGCCCGUGGCCUUCCUGGAGCCGCACCUGAACAUGCACAACCCAUGCUCCGUCUACACCACCAAGUCGCCACGGGAGCGCGCCAUCCUGGGGCUGCCCAGCUGUGUGGAGGAGAUGUGUCCUGACAUCCCGGAGCUGGAGCGGCUCAUGAAGGAGAUCAGCGGGCUGGCAGAGUCGGGCGCCCGCUACACCGAGAUGCCGCACGUCAUCGAGGUCACGCUGCCCAUGCUCUGCAACUACCUGCCCCGCUGGUGGGAGCGGGGCCCCGAGACCGUCCCCCAGGGGCCCUGGUGCACCCAGGUGACCUCCGAGCACCUCAACACCCUGCUGGGCAACAUCCUCCGCAUCAUCGUCAACAACCUGGGCAUUGACGAGGCCUCCUGGAUGAAGAGGCUGGCAGUCUUCGCCCAGCCCAUCGUGAGCAAGGCGCGGCCCGAGCUGCUGCGCUCGCAUUUCAUCCCCACCAUGGAGAAGCUGAAGAAGCGCUCGGGGAAGGUGGUGGCCGAGGAGGAGCAGCUGCGGCUGGAGGCCAAGACCGAGUCGGAGGACGCGGAGCUGCUGAUCCGUGACGAGUUCUCGGUGCUCUGCCGGGACCUGUAUGCCCUCUACCCGCUGCUCAUCCGCUACGUGGACAACAACAGGGCCAAGUGGCUGAUGGAGCCCAACUCGGACGCCGAGGAGCUGUUCCGCAUGGUGGGCGAGGUGUUCAUCUACUGGUCCAAGUCACAUAAUUUCAAGCGGGAGGAGCAGAACUUCGUGGUGCAGAACGAAAUUAACAACAUGUCCUUCCUGACGGCCGACAGCAAAAGCAAAAUGUCCAAGUCUGGAGAAGGCCAGGCGGGCAGCUCAGAGCAGGAGCGGACCAAGAAGAAGCGGCGGGGGGAUCGUUACUCCGUGCAGACCUCGCUCAUUGUGGCCACGCUGAAGAAGAUGCUGCCCAUCGGCCUCAACAUGUGCUCGCCCACCGACCAGGAGCUCAUCACCCUGGCCAAGGGCCGCUACGCCCUGAAAGACACCGACGAGGAGGUGCGGGAUGUUCUCAACAACAACCUGCACCUGCAGGGCAAGUGCGAGAACCCCGCCUCCAUGCGCUGGCAGCUGGCCCUGUACCGCGAGAUGUCGGGCAAGGCCGAGGACGCCAACCGGCCCGAGAAGAUCGUGCGACGGGUGCAGGAGGUGUCGGCUGUGCUCUUCCACCUGGAGCAGACCGAGCACCCCUACAAGUCGAAGAAGGCCGUGUGGCACAAGCUGCUGUCCAAGCAGCGCCGUCGCGCCGUGGUCGCCUGCUUCCGCAUGACGCCGCUCUACAACAUGCCCAGGCACCGGGCCUGUAACAUGUUCCUGGAGAGCUACAAGCUGGCCUGGAUCGUCACGGAGGAGCACGCCUUCGAGGACAGGAUGAUCGACGACCUGGCCAAACCGGGCGAGGAGGAGGAGGAGGAGGAAGAGCAGAUGGAGAAGAAUCCCGACCCCCUGCACCAGCUCAUCCUGCACUUCAGCCGCACGGCGCUGACGGAGAAGAGCAAACUGGACGAGGACUAUCUGUACAUGGCCUACGCCGACAUCAUGGCGAAGAGCUGUCACAUUGAAGAAGGUGAAGAGGAAGGUGGCGAGAAAGACGAGGAGGAGGCCGAAGGCUCAUUUGAGGAGAAGGAGAUGGAGAAGCAGAAGCUGCUCUACCAGCAGUCACGGCUGCACAACCGCGGGGCGGCCGAGAUGGUGCUGCAGAUGAUCAGCGCCUGCAAAGGGGAGCCAGGCGCCAUGGUGUCCUCCACCCUCAAGCUGGGCAUUUCCAUCCUGAACGGAGGCAACGUGGAAGUGCAGCAGAAAAUGCUGGAUUACCUGAAGGAGAAGCGGGAGGUGGGUUUCUUCCAGAGCGUGCAGGCCCUGAUGCAGACCUGCAGCGUCCUGGACCUCAACGCCUUCGAGCGGCAGAACAAGGCCGAGGGGCUGGGCAUGGUGACGGAGGAAGGAACAAUCAUCCGUCGGGAAAAUGGAGAGAAGGUGAUGGCGGACGACGAGUUCACGCAGGAUCUCUUCCGGUUCCUGCAGCUCCUGUGUGAGGGCCACAACAACGAUUUCCAGAACUACCUGCGCACGCAGACGGGGAACACGACCACCGUUAACAUCAUCAUCUGCACCGUGGACUAUCUGCUGCGACUGCAGGAGUCCAUCAGCGAUUUCUACUGGUACUACUCGGGCAAGGACAUCAUCGACGAGCAGGGCAAGCGCAACUUCUCCAAGGCCAUGGCCGUGGCCAAGCAGGUCUUCAACAGCCUGACAGAGUACAUCCAGGGCCCGUGCACGGGGAACCAGCAGAGCCUGGCGCACAGCAGGCUCUGGGACGCCGUGGUCGGCUUCCUCCACGUCUUUGCCCACAUGAUGAUGAAACUGGCUCAGGACUCCAGCCAGAUCGGGCUGCUGAAGGAGCUGCUGGACCUGCAGAAGGACAUGGUGGUGAUGCUGCUGUCCCUGCUGGAGGGGAACGUGGUGAAUGGCACCAUUGCGCGGCAGAUGGUGGACAUGCUGGUGGAGUCGUCCAGCAACGUGGAGAUGAUCCUCAAGUUCUUCGACAUGUUCCUGAAGCUGAAGGACAUUGUGGCGUCGGACGCCUUCCUGGACUACAUCACCGACCCGCGGGGGCUUAUCUCCAAGAAGGACUUCCAGAAGGCCAUGGACAGCCAGAAGCAAUACACGCCCUCCGAGAUCCAGUUCCUGCUCUCCUGCUCCGAGGCGGACGAGAACGAGAUGAUCAACUACGAGGAGUUCGCCAACCGCUUCCAAGAGCCGGCCAAGGACAUCGGCUUCAACGUGGCCGUGCUGCUCACCAACCUCUCGGAGCACGUGCCCCACGACAGCCGGCUCAAGACCUUCCUGGAGCUGGCCGAGAGCAUCCUCAACUACUUCCGGCCCUACCUGGGCCGCAUUGAGAUCAUGGGGGCCAGCAAGCGCAUCGAACGCAUCUACUUCGAGAUCAGCGAGACCAACAAGGCCCAGUGGGAGAUGCCCCAGGUCAAGGAGUCCAAGCGGCAGUUCAUCUUCGACGUGGUCAACGAGGGCGGCGAGUCGGAGAAGAUGGAGCUCUUUGUCAACUUCUGCGAGGACACCAUCUUCGAGAUGCAGAUCGCGUCGCAGAUCUCGGAGGAGGAAGCGGGGAAGGAAGAGGAGGAGGAGGAAGAGGGCGAAGGCGGGGAGGGGACCGAGGCGGAGAAGGCGGCCGGGGCUCCUCCGGAGGCGACCUCAGCUUUCGGGGAGUUCCUGGCUGGGGUGCUGGACUUCUUCCACAUGUUCACCUACCGCAACGUGCGCCGCCAGCUCCGCCGGCUGAAGAAGAUGACGGUCAAGGAGCUGGCGGUGGGCGUGAGCUCCUGCGUCUACGCCGUCUUCCUGGGCACGGUGCUCUUCUUCUCCGGCGUCCUCAAGGGCCUCUUGCUUCUCCUCUGGAACGUGCUCUUCGGUGGCGGGCUGGUGGAAGGCGCCAAGAAGCUCACGGUGACUGAGCUGCUGGCCAGCAUGCCCGACCCCACGCAGGACGAGGUCCACGGGGACCUGGGGCCGGCCGAGGACGGGCAGGAGGCGGCCGAGGGCGGGGAGGCAGCCCAGUUCGUGGAGGCCGGCAAGGAGGAGGCCCCUGACGAGGCGGGGGACGUCUUCAGUCUGGAGAUGAAGAAGGACGCCGGGCAUUACCGAACGACUGCCCCCGAUGCCCCCGGGGGGCUGGGGGAUAUGGGGGACACCACGGCGGUGGAACCGCCCACCCCCGAGGGGACUCCCAUCCUCAAGAGGAAGCUGGGGCUGGAAGGGGAGGAGGAGGAGGCCCAGCCGGAGCCGGAGAAGAUCGAAGAGCCGCCUGCAGAGGCUGAGAAGGCCGACAUGGAGAACGGGGAGAAGGCGGGGCCGGAGGAGCCGGAGGCCCCCCAGGAGCCGGCGGCCGAGGCCCCGAGGAAGCACCGGAGGAAGUCGGCCACCCCGCGGGAGCGCAAGGAGGAGCCGGCCGACGGCAGCUUGGAGUUCUGGGCCGAGCUGGAGAUCCAAAGGGUCAAGUUCCUGAACUACCUGUCCCGGAACUUCUACAACCUGCGCUUCCUGGCUCUCUUCCUGGCCUUCGCCAUCAACUUCAUCCUCCUCUUCUACAAGGUGUCGGACUCCCCGCCAGGCGAGGAGGAGCUGGAGGACUCCGGCUUGCUGGAGGAGCUGGCGGGGGGCUCGGGCUUCGGGGCCAGCGGCGACGGGGCCGGGGAGGACGAGGAGGAGGACAGCGUGGUCUAUUUCUUCCUGGAGGAGAGCACGGGCUACAUGCAGCCCACGCUGCAGUUCCUGUCCAUCACCCACACGCUGGUGGCCUUCCUCUGCAUCAUUGGCUACAACUGCCUCAAGGUCCCGCUGGUGAUUUUCAAGCGGGAGAAGGAGCUGGCUCGCAAGCUGGAAUUUGACGGGCUCUACAUCACCGACCAGCCUGAGGACGACGACAUCAAGGGCCAGUGGGACCGGCUGGUGCUGAACACCCCGUCCUUCCCGAGCAACUACUGGGAUAAAUUUGUCAAGAGAAAGGUGCUGGAGAAAUACGGCGACAUUUACGGGCGGGAGCGGAUCGCGGAGCUGCUGGGCAUGGACCUGGCCAGCCUGGAGAUCAGCGCCCAGAGCGAGAGGAAACCGCAGCCCGACAAGUCCCUGCUGACGUGGAUCACGUCCAUCGACAUCAAGUAUCAGCUCUGGAAGUUCGGCGUCAUCUUCACCAACAACUCCUUCCUCUACCUGGUCUGGUACAUGGUCAUGUCCCUGCUCGGCCACUACAACAACUUCUUCUUCGCCGCCCACCUGCUGGACAUCGCCAUGGGCGUCAAGACACUGCGCACCAUCCUCUCCUCCGUCACCCACAACGGCAAGCAGCUGGCGAUGACGGUGGGGCUGCUGGCCGUGGUCGUCUACCUCUACACCGUGGUGGCCUUUAACUUCUUCCGCAAGUUCUACAACAAGAGCGAGGACGAGGACGAGCCGGACAUGAAAUGUGACGACAUGAUGACAUGCUACCUGUUCCACAUGUACGUGGGGGUGCGGGCGGGCGGGGGCAUCGGGGACGAGAUCGAGGACCCGGCCGGAGACGAGUACGAGCUUUACCGCGUGGUGUUCGACAUCACCUUCUUCUUCUUCGUCAUCGUCAUCCUGCUGGCCAUCAUCCAGGGCCUGAUCAUCGACGCCUUCGGGGAGCUGCGCGACCAGCAGGAGCAGGUGAAGGAGGACAUGGAGACCAAGUGCUUCAUCUGCGGCAUCGGCAGCGACUAUUUCGACACGACGCCGCACGGCUUCGAGAGCCACACGCUGGAAGAGCACAACCUGGCCAACUACAUGUUCUUCCUGAUGUACCUCAUCAACAAGGACGAGACGGAGCACACGGGCCAGGAGUCCUACGUCUGGAAGAUGUACCAGGAGCGCUGCUGGGAUUUCUUCCCCGCCGGCGACUGCUUCCGCAAGCAAUACGAAGACCAGUUGGGCUAG